AUGUUUAAUAAAAAAUUUAAAAAACAAGGUUCUAUUUCAUUUCAUGAUCAAGAAGCCAAAGAAUAAAAGAGUAAUACUAAUGCAACUAAUAUAAAUUAAAAAAAAUAGACUCAAAAUUGCUUAAGUUUUGAGGAGGAUCAAAAUUUUGAUUUAACUAAAAAAUAUGUGAAAGUAGACAAUUAACCAGUAGUGGACACUCGCAUUGAUGUAAUCUUAUUGGAGAAUUACCAGUAUUUAAAGGAGUUGGAGGAAGAGAAUAGGUUGAAUAAUUAUUUAACAAAAAAGAGUUUAGAAAAUGUAGAGGAAAUCAAUAUAGUAGAUUUAGAAAACGAUGGAAUAUAUGAAGAUGAUCAAUAAGUAAGGAGAAAUAAAAAAUAGCAAAAUGUUAUUAUAAUAGAUGAAACAGAUAAUAAUUUAAUCACAGAUAUGGAUGAUAGGAGAAUGAAUAUGAUAGGAAUAGCCAAAUAGGAAAAGCUGUUCUAUGAGCAUAAUUCAGAUGAUGAAGAAUUCAAUAGAUUUGAGAAAAACAUCAUUAAAUCUAAUACUGUUUCAUAUGAUUAUGCAAACAAUGGUUUUAAGUCAUUCAAAUUUAAUGACUCCUAAUAAAUGCACUAUUGUAGUUUUCUUGAUAACUUCUCAUAAAUAAAUUUGGAAUCAAUAAUUGGAAACUUGUAAACACUUAUCUCCUAAGAAAUAUUCAAAAAAGACAAAUUAUAAAAAGAAGUUGAAAGAUCCACCUAAGCACUAUAGUCAAGUGAAAUGCUGAUAAAAACAUGGCUAGAAUAAAAUUAAGAACUAUCUAAGCAAUUAAGAGAAUUUGAAUUAGUUAAUGAAUACUUCCAAUGUUUUAAUGAUAUGAUAAAAUAAAAGAUACCAACUCUUUUCAAACUUUAUGAUGAAUUUGAGGAAAUGCAUCAUGAAUAUUAUAAUUUGAUUGAAGCAAGAAUUUAAGAAUAAGAAUUGAAAUUUUCUUAUUUAUUUUAAGGAUUACCAAAUGAAAUUAUUCUCAACUAUGCAAAAGAUAUUUGCUUACAUAUGAAUGAUGUAGAUGAAGAGUACUUAGAUUUAGAGAAGAUUUGUGAAAAUUACUUUAAUAUGAUGUUUGUUGUACCAAAUGCGAAGGUCUUAUAACCAAUCUUUGAUUAUCACAUUUUAUUGAGAUUUAUUGAAUUGUAUUGCGAAAACAUGGAUGAUUGUGAAUCCGAUUUAUUUGAGGGUUUAGUCUCUGACAAAUCCUUACUAUGCUAGUUAAUAAUGUAGUGCAGGUUCAUAAAAGGAUUAUUAACAUUAAAUCCUGUUCAGACCAAAUUUAUUCAACAAUUUUUUAGAUCAAUCUUAAAACAUACCUAUUAGUUUUUAAAAUAAUCAAAUACAGAGGAAGCACAAUAAUGCUUGAAUUAUAUUAAAUCAUUGCUUGAUUCAGUUGUAAAAUCAAUAUACAAAAAAUCCUGUGCUUAUGGACCAUAAAUAGUUGAAUACUUACAUUUGAUGAAAGAUAUUCUACCUAAAGAUACACUUGAAAAACUAGUUAAAACUUUUUAAUGA